CCUACACAACAUGGCUAGUAGUUCUGUCAGACCGCGUGUUGCGCUGGGCCCGAGGCUCGGUUAGACGGGCUCGGACUGCUGUGCUCACCCACACCCAACCAUGCAGAGCGGCACCGGCACCGACAACGGCACCGCGACCGUCUGACCGCCGCCGAGGGCGAGCCAAGGAGCGGAGAGCCAGCGAGCCGAGCGCGGACGCCGAGUUAGCCGGGAAGCGGGAGUUGGGGCCGCCAGGCCGGCCACGGGAGACAGCGACACACACCGAGGCGAGGCAGGGGGAAUCGCGCGGAGCGGCGGGCAGUAUGGCCGCUCCGGUCAGCGCCCUCAGAGACAGCGACAUCAGCCAGGCCAAGCCGGGCGAUCUGGCGGCGCUGAAGGCGGGCACUGGGCCCAUCCCCGCCGCCGAGCAGGAGCACCAUUUGUCAGGCAAUGGCUCGGAGUCCGGCUCGGGCGCCAGGGACACCUUCAGCAACCACCGGCUGAGCGCGGCCUCGGCGCCCGGCGAGCACAGCGACGAGGAUAACGGCCACCAGCCGCACGGCGAGCCGGACGGGGCCUCCUCGGAGCACAGCAACGGCGGAGGGGGUUCGGUGGAGCCGGAGCCUGGCCGGGCUGCCGCAGCCAGCCUGGGCCUCCUGACCAGCGGCGACCAGCGUUUCGACCAUUCCAGCAACAACGGUGGAGGCUCCGGGCCCAUGGCCAACGCGAACCCUGCGCCCAGUCCAGGCCCGGCCGCCGUGCCGGCCGCCGGCUACGGUUACAACCAUUACCGGGGCCCGUUCCACCAACAUGGCGGACAACAAAGCCCCGGCAUGGGGGCAGCGCUGCACCCCGGCGGCCUCGACUCCUUCCAACCCAAUUCACACGAGGCCUUCGGCCACUACAACAAUUACACCGCCGCUUAUCCGGCCCGCAGCGGCUACACCAACCAGGGCUACGGCCUCAACUCGCCGCGGGCCGGGGCGGCCGGGCCCAAAGCCUCGGCCUCGAAUAUUGCCCCGAGUUUCCAGCGGUUCGGAGGGCAGCACCAGCAGUCGGCGCCCGUCCCAGGCCUCCAGCAACAGUCGCAGACGGCUUCUAGCACACCGACCCUCAACCAACUGCUCACCUCUCCUAGCGGGGCCAGGGCCUUUACUAACUAUAACCAGGCCCACCAGGACUAUAAUAGCAGCCAAGAACUGGCCAAGGGAGGCGAGCUGGGCGGACAGUACGCGAGCGCAGGCUGGGCAGCAGCGCAACAAAGAAUACACCAUCCGCCCAUCAGUCCCGGCAACAGUGGGCAGCCCCUGCUCAGGACCCAGCCAACUAGCCCUAUGGACCAGAUGGGGAUGAAGAGACCUCAGCCUUAUGGCGGCAGCAAUAAUCCAUAUGCACAGCAGGCACCUCCGCAACAAAGCGGACCUUACCCAGGACAACCGUAUGGACCUCCAGCGCCUCAGCGCUAUCCCGUGGGUGUGCAGGGCCGGACCCAAGGCACCAUGGGGGGCGCGCUGCAGUACCCACAACAGAUGCCUCUUUACAGCCAGCAGAGUGCAGGCAGUUACUGUCAGCAGGGCCAGACACCAUACUACAACCAGCAACAGCCUUCAUACCCUCAACAACAACGGUUCCCACUACAGCAGCAGGAUUUGUCUCAGGAAGCAUUUGCCACUCAGGCUCCUCAAGGGUUGACUUCCAACAAACCCAACCAGGAGGAGCUGACCCUCAUGCAGCAGGGGCGUCCAUCUAGUCUGCCGGAUCUGUCUGGUUCCAUCGAUGAUUUGCCGACCGGGACAGAAGGAGCGCUGAGCCCAGGUGUGAGUACAUCUGGAAUCUCCAGCAGUCAAGGAGAGCAAAGUAACCCUGCACAGUCACCUUUCUCUCCUCAUACUUCCCCCCAUCUGCCUGGAAUCCGUGGCCCAUCUCCUUCACCUGUAGGAUCGCCAGCUAGUGUAACACAGUCCAGGUCGGGGCCGUUGUCCCCAGCAGCUGUACCAGGUAACCAGAUGCCACCCCGCCCUUCAAGUGGACAAUCUGAUGGAAUUCUUCACCCCACCAUGAAUCCAUCUGCGAUGGGGCAGGACCGAGGCUAUUUGCAGAGACCUCCCCAACUGCCUCAAUACAACUCCCCACAAACAGGGUCAGCACUGUCCCCACGUCAGUCAUCUGGGAGCCAGAUGCAUGCUGCAAUGAGCCCAUAUCAGCAGAAUAAUUCUGGAAAUUAUGGACCUCAAGGUGCUCAGUACGCACCUCAAGGAGGCUACCCCAGACAACCCAACUAUAACGCAAUGUCCAGUGCAAACUACAACUUAGGAGGCACCAUGAAUGCCAUGUCUGCUGGCAACCAAAUGCAUGGUCAGGGUCCAGCACCACCUUAUGCUGGAAUGCCGCCUGGGAGAAUAGGCCCUGUAGCGAUGGGUAAUCGUCCAUAUGGAGGCAACAUGACCCAGAACACAGCAAAUCUAUCAGCACAAAUGACCUCAGGGAUGUGCCCGCCACCAACUAUGAACCGCAAGGCUCAGGACACAGCAGUUGCUGCAAUGCACGCAGCAGCAAAUUCGGUACAGAAUAGGCAAUCUACUUAUCCAACUAUGAAUCAAGGAGGUAUGAUGGGUUCUGCCUCACCUUACAAUCAAGGCAUGAACAGCAUGGCAGGGAUGAUGAAUCCACAGGGUUCUCCAUAUUCCAUGGCUGGAAACAUGGCAAAUAGUUCUGCAGGUAUGGCUCCCAGUCCUGAGAUGAUGGCGCUUGGGGAAGGAAAAUUACCACCAACACAGAAAGCCAACAAUAAAGCAGAUGGAACGGCAAAGUCUGAUACUAAGUCGAAGAAGACGAGCUCUUCCACGACCACUAAUGAGAAAAUUGCAAAACUGUACGAGUUGGGUGGGGAGCCGGAGCGAAAGAUGUGGAUUGAUAGGUACUUUGCCUUUAUGGAAGAGAAGGGCACGAUGAUGAUGAAUCUCCCUGCAGUUGGCAGGAAACCGCUGGACCUUUAUCGACUCUAUAUGUCAGUCAAAGAUAUUGGGGGGCUUACGCAGGUGAAUAAAAACAAAAAAUGGCGUGAAUUGGCCACCAAUCUGAAUGUGGGCACUUCAAGCAGUGCAGCCAGCUCUCUGAAGAAACAAUAUAUCCAGUGUCUGUUUGCCUUUGAGUGCAAGAUUGAACGAGGAGAAGAUCCUCCAGCAGACAUCUUUACAGCCACUGAUUCCAAAAAGCAACAACCAAAGAUACAACCUCCUUCUCCUGCUGGUUCAGGUUCACUGCAGGGCCCUCAGACCCCACAGUCCACCAGCAGCUCAAUGGCAGAAGGAGGAGAUUUAAAACCACCAACGCCCGUCUCAACACCCCAUAGCCAUAUGCAGCCAAUGCCAGGAUCCAGAAACAACUCUGUGAGUGUCCAGGAUCCAUUUGCAGACACCAGUGACCCGGCUUUCCAAAAGAGGACCGCUGUUCCUCAAACCCCAACCUACCCCCCCAGCAUGAAUACCACAGACCUAAUUGUUCGUAUGCCAUAUGAACCGAACAAGGAUCCAUUUGGUGGGAUGAGGAAAGCUCCUGGACAAGAUCCUUUCAUGUCAACUGGACCCUCUCCCAAUGCUGGAAUGGGAGACCCUUACAAUCGCCCUCCUGCAACAGGAAUGGGGCCACGUCAGCAGUAUGCAUAUGGAUCUGGAUUUGAAAGGAGGUCAGAACAUGGAAUGGGUCCAGAGGGGACAGUACAACCUAGUGUGGUGUCAGUCAAUGCAGAUUCCAGCAUGUAUUCUCCAAAUCGUUACCAAGCUCAGCAGCGGCAUGAUCCUUAUGGAAGUCAGUACUCUGGACAGGGAGCUCCAGCUGGACAGUCUUAUUCUAACCAGCAACCUGGAAUGUUUCCGCAACAGCAAAACUUCAAGCGACAAAUGGAUGGAACAUAUGGGCCUCCGGCCAAGAGGCACGAGGGUGAAAUAUAUGGAAUGUCCUACACUGCCCAGCAAUCGCAGCAAGAUAUGUAUAACCAGUAUAGCAAUGCCUAUCCAGGUACUGAUCGUCGGCCAGUGCAGAAUCAAUUUCCAUUUCAGUAUGGCAGAGAGAGAAUGCAAGGUCCCCCUGGUGCAACCACUUCACAGCCAGUGCCCUCACAGAUGAUGGGAGGUCCAUUGCAGUCACCACCAGAAGGACCACAAGGAACGGUGUGGCCGGGGCGAAAUGACAUGACGUACAACUAUCCCAACCGACAAGGUCCUGGCACUCCACCACAAGCUCCAGCAUAUCACAGCAUGAAUCGUUCCGAGGAGAUGAUUGGACCUGAUCAGAGAAUGAACCAUGAAGGCCAAUGGGCUUCCCAUGUUAACCAGCGUCAGCAAUCUUUCACCCCUUCUGCACCUCUUCCACCAAUUACAAGACCAUCACAGUCCACCUACCAAACUCCUCCGUCAGUGCCAAAUCAUAUUUCCCAAGUGUCCAGUCCAGCUCCCAUGCAGAGACCACUGGAAAACCGCACUUCACCCAGCAAAUCGCCAUUUAUCUAUUCAGGAAUGAAGAUGCAAAAAGUUGGACCCCCCAUGCCUGCAUCUCAUAUUUCUGGGCCCUCUGCGCAGCCACCACUGAUAAGACGAGACAUCACGUUCCCUCCUGGUUCAGUUGAAGCAUCUCAACCAGCCCUGAAAUCUCGCCGGAGACUCACCACCAAGGACGUUGGCACCCCAGAGGCUUGGCGGGUGAUGAUGUCCCUUAAAUCUGGCCUCCUGGCUGAAAGUACAUGGGCCUUGGACACCAUUAAUAUUUUAUUGUACGAUGAUAGCAGUGUAGCCACCUUCACGUUAUCUCAGUUACCCGGAUUCUUGGAGCUUCUGGUGGAAUAUUUCCGGAAAUGCUUGAUUGAGAUAUUUGGAAUCCUGAAGGAGUACGAGAUUGGACAUCCCGGCCAAAAGACACUCCUGGAUCCAAAUCUGUUUGGGAAAGUAAAGGAACCAUCAGAGCUUGAGACUGAGGGAGGCAGGGAAUACAUCAGUGAAGAGGAAAUGGCAGCUAAUCUAACUCAAGAUGCAACUGCAAUUGAGAAUGCAGAAAAGAAUCCCAAGCAUGUCAGCAAGUUUGACAGACUUCCUGUGAAAAUGGUUAUAAAGGAUGAUCUAUUUGUGGUAGAUAAUUCAGAUAAAUUGGGCAGGGUACAGGAGUUUGACAGUGGUUUGCUACACUGGCAGAUUGGGGGAGGCGACACUACGGAACACAUCCAAACACACUUUGAGAGUAAGACACAGGUACCCCUGCGGAAACGAACCAUGAUCCAUAAGGGAUCCACAAAAAGGCACGCAGCUGAAAGCAAAAAAGGGACCGAAGGAAUCGCUGAGGCAACAGUGAGUGGUGAGGAGUCCGAGAAAAGCAUAACUGCGACCGUAGAUGAUGUUCUGUCAGCGAGGCCUGGCUCCUUAAACAAGGAAGCAGUUAACGGGUCAUUAGCGGGAAACACAGAUAACAACAAGUUUCCUUUUGCUAUUCAUCAGGCACAAAGUAAUAAAAAUAUCAAAAUUCUGGAGGAUGAGCCGUGCAGCCGGGAUGAGGUGCCGUUAUGUAUGAUGGCCGACUGGCAGGACUCUUUAGCGAAGCGGUGUAUUUGUAUAUCAAACAUUAUCCGCAGCUUGUCGUUUGUGCCUGGGAAUGACGCAGAGUUGUCAAAGCACCCUGGCUUGCUGCUUAUCUUGGGCAAGCUUGUAUUGCAGCAUCACAAGCACCCAGAGCGGAAACAAACGCCGUUAACAUACGAGAAGGAGGAUGAGGAGGAUGAAGGUGUAAGCUGCGAUCGUGAUGAAUGGUGGUGGGACUGUUUAGAAGUAUUACGGGAAAACACUCUUGUCACAAUGUCCAAUAUUUCUGGGCAGUUGGACCUGUCUCUGUAUCCAGAGAGUAUCUGCCUGCCACUUCUGGAUGGAUUGUUGCACUGGGCUGUGUGUCCUGCAGCGGAGGCCCAAGACCCCUUCCCAACGCUAGGCCCCAAUUCAAUGCUCUCUCCCCAGAGACUCGUCCUGGAGAGCUUGUGUAAACUUAGUAUCCAGGACAAUAAUGUGGACCUUAUCCUGGCAACGCCUCCCUUUAGCCGCUUGGAGAAACUUUAUGGGAUACUGGUCCGGCUCAUUGGGGAACGCAAAAGCCAGGUGUGCCGUGAAAUGUGUAUGGUACUGUUGGCAAAUCUGGCGCAAGGAGACAGCUUGGCUGCCAGAGCAAUUGCCGUUCGUAAGGGAAGCAUCAGUAACCUACUGGGCUUUUUGGAGGAUAGUCUUGCAGCCACUCAACUCCAGCAGAGUCAGCCCAGCCUGAUGCACUUGCAAACUGCACCUAUUGAGCCAACAAGUAUGGACAUGAUGCGGCGGGCAGCCAAGGCCCUGCUAGCAAUGGCAAAAGUAGAAGAAAACCACUCUGAGUUCACGUUGCAUGAGGCACGACUGCUAGAUAUCUCUGUAUCGCCUCUCCUGAACUCACUGGUUACAAAUGUAAUUUGUGAUGUACUCUUCAUGAUCGGCCAGUCAUGACAGCUGUGGGAACCUUACUGUGUGUGUGCGUGAUUGGAGAUCUUUGAAUCGACUGUUUCUGUCUUUAUUUAUGCAAAAACCACCUCUGUUCCCAAAACUUGCCCCACCUAUUCUUAAUAAUGGAAGGAUAUCGUAGUCAUUUUGAUCAAGUACCAGAGGGGGGAAAAAAAAGAUGAAUGUUUGCUGCCUGUGUAUAAGUCAGAAAUUUUUUAACCAAAGUUGCUGUCUCAUUUGCAGCGAGUUUGGGAGAAUGCCUCAUCCUCGGGCAUCCCUCCCUGGAGGGCCCUGCUUCAAAAUUUUUAUGGUAAAUUUUGGAAGCUAAAUGACUUGGGAAAUCUUUGGUUCAGUGCUGUGCUCUUGGAUUGUAAUUCAACCACUGGAAGGUGGCUCAUGAGAAGCUCUGUGUACAUUAUGCAGGAGACAGCCUACACAUUAAACCCUGAACAUAUGUAACCUUUGACCAGCUGUAAACAAUAUUUCACAUUGAACAAUGCUGGUUUGGCAGCGAACUGUAGUUUUAAAACAUUUUUUAGUUUACAGUAAACGUGAAAAAAAGGCUUUUCCCCUUCUCAAAGUAUCGUGUGUAUCUACACCACCUCCCCUUGAUUGUAUGGACUUUUCCUCUUUCACUUCCUGACUGAUUUUAAACUGCAGCUACAGCCCCUGAGCUGUGAUUGUAUAUAGAAGUUGUACAAUGCACAUACCCUCAAAGUUGGUUGUUUUUUUCCUUCUCUCGUAGAAUGAGGUUUACAAUUUUCAUGACAUGGUCAAGCAAAAAGUGAUAGCUUUUAUUUCCAUCGGCCAUAUCCUGCGAGGGUAAUGUACAAGUUUCUGUAUGUAUAAAGUUGUGCUCUAGUUCAAGGAGAGCAACAGAUCACGUUUUUCCUUUAUAAUCAAGGUGUGGAAAAAGUUUAGGUUCAGUUGAAGCUCACAAAAAAUAAUGAAGAAACACAAUUUGAGAUUUUUCAGUGCUAUGAAAUCUGCAUAUUUGUAUUUCAGACAAUGUAGCUAAAACUUGAUGUAAAUUCCUCCUUUUUCCUUUGGCUUAAUGAAUAUCAUUUAUUCAGUAUGAAAUCUUUAUACUAUAUGUUCCACGUGUUAAGAAUAAAUGUACAUUAAAUCUUGGUAAGAGC